ACGUGUACCCAAAGGUGCUGCGUCCCGUGAUUAUUGUGUGCCUUUUGUAUACACCAGUGAUCUGCACAAUAAAUAAUAAUUAAACAAAUCAAUUGGAUUUAUAACAAGUGAUAUUAAAUCAGUGAAAUACCGGUGGAUUUUUAAAAGUGUUAUUUUUAACGAGUGGUGGGGGAUUUUUCGAGUGAGUGCACUAGGUACCUGGGGUAUCCUUUGCCUCAGUCCCUGCGGCAAGGACGCACACAGGGGGAAAGGGAUAACUCCGAGGGUCCAGGUGGGCCAUAUUUUAUUGUUUUCCGUUGUUUAUUAUUUCACGAGGAUUUCUACAUCGACAUUGUUGUGAGUGGGGAGUGAGGGGAUACAGUGAAAUCGAGCAACUCCCUGGGGGUGAGGGCUGGGAGAUUGUCAGCCAAUUUUAUUUAUUUUUUUUUUAUUUACUCAUUUGUUUUUUUUUUUGCACGGAUAUUUGUCGUGGGAGCAGACUAGUUCCUCCAUGCAUUCACACCAAGUCGCACAUCGGAUUAUUUAUUUGUCAGUGAGGGGGGUAAUGGAAAAUUGAGACGAAAUUGAGAGAGUAUUGAGAUAAAAUUGACAGUCCAGUGAGUGCGGACAUUCCAGGCUUCACCAAUUCCAAACCAAAACAUUCGUCAUCAAAACAAACUGCUCUACCGGGAAAUACUCUCUCAAGGCAUAGCCACUGUUUGUGUUUGGGGUUUAUAAAACUAGGACAAGUGAUAUUUCUAGUGAGACCCUUUGUUUUUCUCACGAUACAACACAAUUGACACUUUUCUUCCCCCAGUUAUUUGAGUAACGAGAAAAUAAGUGCUCUUAACUCCGACAAUAACACGCCGGCACAUUGUGUUCUGCUUCUGGUGUGGAUUUAUUUAUUUAUUUAUCCUGGUGUGGAACCUUUGACGAAGAGCAAAUCAUCGGAAUUUAAUGUGAGAUAGUGGAUUUAUAAUUCGAUUCGAGGAGUUCCGCCACCUGACGGAUUUCACGUGCAGUGGCCCGUUAUUCUUUUGUUUUUUUGGGGGUGUCAGUGUGGUGACGAGUGGAUUUGGAUGUGGAUUUCCGUGAUUUAUCCGGGAUUUCUGUGUGUGACCAAGGGAGUGAGGGUUAACUCGGUUGACGUGGUGAUACUUGGGAUGCGGUAGUCCGGGGACUCCGGAGGGAAGCCAUGAGGGCGGCCGCCGCCUACGUCCUGUUCUUUGCACACCUCAUACAGGCGACAACAGGUAGCGGAUAUUUCGAGGUGCAGAUACUCUCGUUGACGAACAACAGAGGUACUCUGGUUGAUGGAAGGUGUUGCGGUGGAGGAAGUGAUUCCGGUGGUGGAAGUGGAUUUCCACCUUGCACUCAACCCUGCACAACUGCAUUCUGGCUGUGUUUGAAGGAAUAUCAGUCAAAUGUAACUGCCAUUGGCUCAUGCUCCUUUGGCAAUGUAUCUAGUCAUGCGCUUGGACAGAAUACAUUUACUCUUACCGAGCCUGUUACACUUCAGCUUCACUUCACAUUCAGGUGGACGAGGCAAUUCACACUGAUACUUCAGGCGAGAGACGAAACGAGUCGGGGAGUCGUCGAGGAGGCGAGUUACAGUGGAAUUGUUCUUCCUGGACCCACGUGGCACACCCUCAAUCAUCAGGGAAGAAAUGCACAUCUCGCUUAUCGGGUCAGGGUUCAGUGCGCUGAUCAUUACUACAAUGCAACGUGCACAAAAUUCUGCAGACCCAGGGAUGAUAUUUUUGGACAUUAUACCUGUGAUGAAAACGGUGAUAAAGUCUGCAUUCAGGGGUGGAAGGGCGCUGACUGCGAAACUGCUGUCUGCAAGGAGGGUUGCCACCCCAUUCACGGCCACUGCAACGUCUCCGGGGAGUGCAAGUGCCGUCAUGGAUGGCGCGGUGAAUUAUGCGAUCAGUGCACACCCUAUCCAGGCUGCAAACAUGGCUACUGCAACGGCUCGAGUUGGCAGUGCAUCUGCGAUACAAAUUGGGGUGGAAUACUGUGCGAUCAGGAUCUCAACUACUGUGGCACACACGAGCCAUGUCAAAAUGGCGGCACCUGCGAGAAUACAGCGCCUGAUCAGUACAGGUGCACCUGCCCUGACGGUUUUUCAGGGCCAACCUGCGAGAAGGUUGACAAUCCGUGCGCCUCGAGUCCGUGCCUGAAUGGCGCAACCUGUCGGGAAAUCGGUGAGAGCGCCGAGUGUCAGUGCGCCCCGGGUUUCUCGGGGCCAUUUUGUGCAACUGACGUCGACGAGUGUGCGUCUCAGCCAUGUCAAAAUGGCGGCACUUGCGUCGAUGGAAAAAAUGAAUUCACCUGCAACUGUCCUUCAGCGUGGCAGGGCACCCUGUGCCAAUUCGAUGUAGAUGAAUGUGCGCUUGUGGAGUCACCGUGCAAGAACUCAAUAACCUGCGUCAAUCUCGCUGGAGACUAUGGCUGCCGAUGUCGAAGUGGCUUCACCGGCAAGAACUGCACGAAGAACAUAAACGACUGCGUGGGCCAGUGUCAGCACGGUGCCCUGUGCAUCGACCUGGUGAAUGAUUAUCACUGCUCGUGCACCCCCGGCUACUCCGGUAAAGACUGCGACGUGGACAUUGACGAGUGCGCCUCAAAGCCAUGUCAAAAUGGUGGCGACUGUCGUGAUCUGGUGAACGCUUACGAGUGCGUCUGCCCCGUCGGCUAUACCGGCUACCAAUGCGAGAUUGAUCGUGAUCACUGCAGUCCAAAUCCCUGUCGCAACUCAGCGCCGUGCUUCAAUACCCAGACAGAUUACUACUGUCACUGCCCGGAGCAGUGGCAGGGUAAAAAUUGCUCGGAGCCGGCCCUCCACAAUCCCCAAUUCCGUAUGGACGACGGGAACCUCGGUUGCGGCAGCGAGGGUGCACCGUGCGGUGGUCGUGGCACGUGCUCCGGUGGUAUAUGCAUCUGCGAUCCCGGUUACACGGGUCAGCACUGCCACGAGAACAUCAACGAUUGCCGGGGGAGUCCGUGCCUGAAUGGCGGUACCUGCGUCGACCUCGUCAACAGCUUUCAGUGCAUAUGCAGAGAGGGUUGGGCUGGUGAUCUGUGCGACGAGGAUGUCGACGAGUGUCUCGAUGCACCGUGUCGUAACAAUGGUACCUGCGUCGACGCUAUCGCUGAUUUUACGUGCACCUGUCGUGGCGGAUGGAAAGGCAAAACGUGCACCCUUCGUGGUGGUCACUGCGAGCCGCUGACGUGUCGUCACGGUGGCACAUGCGAGGAUCGCGGUAAUGGAUUCACGUGUCACUGUCCUGCGGGUUGGGAGGGCGCUGCUUGUCACAUAGCGUCACCUGCGUGUGCAUCGUCACCGUGUGAGAACGGCGCGACAUGUGUCAAUACGGCUGACGGUAGCUAUCGUUGCAUAUGCAGGGAGGGCUUUGAGGGGCCCAAUUGCAGGCGUGACGUUGACGACUGCAAGCCCCUGCCGUGUCUGAAUGGGGGUCGGUGCGUUGACGGUGUCAAUUGGUUCAGGUGCGAGUGCGCACCAGGAUUCACUGGUCCCGACUGCAGGAUCAAUGUCAAUGAGUGUGCCAGUGAUCCCUGUUUAUUUGGCGCCACCUGCGUCGAUGGGAUUGCCUCGUACUCGUGCAUCUGUCCGACGGGCCGGACUGGGACUCACUGUGAAAUUGGUACACCCGGUAGCUCGGGGUGUCCGUCACCACCCUGGGACGAUGACUGCAAUGUCUGCGAGUGCCGGAACAAUAAGAAUCAGUGCAGCAAUGUGUGGUGCGGACAGGGUAAUUGCCUGAAUGGCACGUCCUGUCUGGCCCACGAGGUGUGUGUUCCAUCGCCUGGCGAAUCCUGUUUGUCUCCGCCCUGUGCAGCGUGGGGUGAGUGCAGGCCCAUUGAGAGCGGCAGGAGGGUGGGACCUCCAGCACUCCCUGCACCACCCAGCUGUUGGCCUGGGCAGGCAGACACUGGCCCAACCUGCGCACGUCUCACUAUUUUACUCAGGAGAGAUACACUACUCCCUGGAACUUCUGUUGAAUUUCUCUGUAGAAGUUUCAGGCGACUGUUGGCUGAUCCCAGGCGGCCCCAGUCUGUUGUUCUUCUUUGUGAUCUUAAGAGCGGGGAUAAUGACACCAUCGAGGUGACGAUAUUCUCGGAAGCUGCGGGUGACGCUGCCAAGGAUCUGGGGGAGAGCCUCAGUCGACCUCUCAGCAGACCUCUGGCUCUGGCUUCUGUUCUCGAGGUCAAGGUCGAGACGACAAGGCUUACUGGAGGCGGAGUUAGGGGAGAGGGUGAAGGCAGUGGAGGGUAUAUUGCUGCGCUGGGGGGCGUGGUCACUGCUGUUCUGAUACUCGGGGUUCUCGGAGGACUGUGGUACAUCAGGAGCAGGCGGAGGUCAGGCAUGAAUGCCGCAACUACUAGUGAGACCUCUUUGCACAGGCAUCGGAGUGAUCUCGAUGAGAAAUCUAAUAAUCUGCAGAACGAGGAGAAUCUCAGGAGGUAUGCUAAUCCUCUCAAGGAUCAGGACGCUGAACCCAGGGUCAGUGUUGUCAGGCCCCUCAGUGGAAUGAGUCUCGGGGGCAUUGGCAAUCCUGAGGAAAGUCUUGAAAUGGUUAGUGAGGAGGGCAGACAUAGGUUACCUCCUCUGUAUAAACCAACGAGUGCCGAGGCCAGAAAUAAUACAGCGAGCUUUAGUUACGAGGAGAGUUUGCAUAAACCUUACAGCAAACCUAGACUCCAGGAACCCGGAUUCCCACAGCAACCAGGAACUAGUGCUGCUGUUGGCACUAGGCAAGUACUCACUGUUCAUGUAUAGGGACGUUCCCGGUAUUUUCUCGAGUCAGGUCACAGGGCAAACCUUUUGGGUAUUCCGGGAGAGUGAGGAGUCAGGGAAUUUCUCGUUCGGAGCGUCAGGGUUUGAGAUUAGGGAGGUGAUUACUAGGAGUUGAGGGCGGAGAAAUUUGAAUUUGAGAAAAUUCAGGAAAAUUUUUUUAUCAACUCCACAUAAUUCGAUACGGUAAUCUAUAAUUUAUCUAUCAUCACCUCCACAGAUAUCGAGAUAAUUCCGUUCUUUGAACUUAAUAACAUGAAUUUUAAAUUUUUAACAAAAAUGUUAAAAACUUUAAAGUUGAAAAAUGCGGAGCUGAAAAAAUUCCGA